CGUUUUUUAGCAUUCACUUUGUAAACCAUAGUCAUUUGUAUAGAUUCGUAAAUUGAUUACAUUAUUAUUUAAUCCACAUAUAAUAUGUUUUAGACAUAUUGUAUUUUCCUGUGAGCUGUCUGCACAUAAACCCUGCCGAGUCGCUGUUUCAAAUAGACCAAACUUCAAUCCGAAAUAUCUUUAGUUAACGUUUUGUUAUUUAUCCAUCAAAAACGCAGCGACUUUAUUUGAAUUCUAGUUUCAUUGUUAAGGAUAGGUAACUCAGUUAAGUUCGGCGUGGGCUUAAAGGUUUAAAUAACAUGUUAUUUCUGUAAAAUGUAAUUUUUACGUGAGACGCUCUAAGAGGAAAAUGCUUUUUGGAGAGUUACUCAAGAAGACGCUCAGAUUCAUAAAUGUGCACUGUUAUUGCGAAAGAAUGCUGUUGUUUUGGGAUUUUAUUUCCGCCGAAGAAACAAGCAGUGCCAAUGAUUGGAAAUGGCAUUGAGUCAUACUUUGUGAGUCACGUAUUUGGACGGACACGUCCUCGCCACUUUAAAUUCCCCUACUUUUUAAAGGGAGUACGUCACGACGAUGACUGGAGACUACCCUCAUCUUUCCCCCAGGAGGCUCUGCUUUCCCAGCCCCUUUGUUCAGUCUAGCCGGUGGGUUGAGUCACAGGGAGGCUGUGCUAACUUCACAAAUCCACACCAGUGUGUGGAAAACGCCGACAAGAAAAGGAAGAGACAUCUGUGAAUCCGGAUCAAGAGAGAUUUUUUUUUUUUAAUCGGCGCCACACAUGCACACAAAAAAGAAAAAAAAAAGUUGGCUUUGAGUGUUGCUGAUGCUGCGCGUCGUUCGGGGGAAAACCCUUCCGGACGUCUGAGCUCUGCUCCUGAGGCGACACAACGAUCAAUCUCCGCUGUUUGUCGGCUCUCAUCGUGUGGGAAAUGUGCUAAGCCCCGACCGGUCCUGCUGCUGACACCGUGCAGUUGUGUUGCCAUCAGAUCCACGCUGACUCUCCCCUUCCAGCUUCAGCUCAGCAUCCAUAUUUGCAUCCCAGGGAGUGGCAGCCACUAACCUUUCCCCCGGCGAGAAAUUGAAAGUUGGCCGGUUGUCGGACGCCCCCCUCUGCAUUUUCUCGCAGGAAGCUAAAUAUGGAGAGCGACAGCCACCACUGCCUCGUCUAGUGCCUGAUCCACAAGCCUUCUUAACCCCGGCAGGAGCUCCCAGGUCGCGGCCGCCUCCCUGCUACCGUAGAAUGAACAUGCUCAAGUCCAGUGGACUGAAAAUCCCUGGCCGCGGGCCCAAGCAUUCCAGCCCAGUGGGGAGAACUUCGGUGGGUGGAACAUCCAGCCCCAUUGCCCCCAAAGACAGCACUCCACUGAAGCCCACCACACCGACUAAAAUCUCUGAAGAAGGCGAUGACGUUUUGGGGGAUUACACCGUUGGUGAACAGGUCUGGGUCAACGGCGUCAAACUAGGGGUCAUCGCCUACCUUGGGGAGACCCAGUUUGCCCCUGGACAGUGGGCGGGCGUGAUACUGAAUGACCUAGUUGGCAAAAACGAUGGUUCAGUGGGUGGCGUGCGCUACUUCGAGUGCCAGCCCCUCCAGGGCAUCUUCACGCGCCCCUCAAAGCUCACCCGGCAGCCGGUCGGAGAGGGGAGCGACAGCCACUCCACCGACUCGGCCCAGACUCAGAACCAGCAGGGCGGCAGCGGCGCCCCCACUGGCCAGCGGGUAGUGGUGACCCUUAGAGAGGGCUUGCUCAACAGUGCCGUGAAAACGGGAAAUGAGUCGGGGUCCAACAUGUCUGACAGCGGUUCAGUUAAAAAAGGUGGAGAUAAAGAUCUGCGGGUUGGAGAUCGAGUUUUGGUUGGAGGCUCUAAGAUGGGGGUCAUACGUUACAUGGGAGAGACGGACUUCGCCAAGGGUGAAUGGUGCGGGGUCGAGCUAGACGAGCCCCUGGGGAAGAACGACGGCGCAGUAGCCGGCACGAGAUACUUUCAGUGUCUUCCCAAGUUCGGCCUGUUCGCCCCCAUCCACAAGGUGAUCCGCAUCGGCUUCCCCUCCACCAGCCCGGCCAAGGCUAAGAAGAGCAAGCGGAUGGCCAUGGGAGUGUCCUCUCUGGCCCACAGCCCCAGCAGCUCCUCCAUCAGUUCAGUCAGCUCGGUGGCCUCCUCUGUGGGUGGACGCCCGAGCCGAGCUGGACUGCUGACGGAGACCUCGUCGCGCUACGCCCGUAAGAUCUCGGGCACCACGGCGCUGCAGGAGGCCCUCAAGGAGAAGCAGCAGCACAUCGAGCAGCUUCUGGCCGAGAGGGACCUGGAACGAGCCGAGAUGGCCAAAGCCACCAGCCACAUCUGCGAGGUGGAGAAGGAGCUGAGCGUCCUCAAAGCGCAGCACGUGCAGUAUGUGACGGAGAAUGAGAGCGCCGUCCAGCAGGUAAAAGCCAUGCUGGCCAGCACCCAGAAGGACAAACUGGAGCUGGCCAAUCAGCUCGAAGAAGAGAAAAGGAAAGUGGAGGACCUCCAGUUCAGAGUGGAGGAGGAGUCCAUCACUAAAGGAGACCUGGAGACUCAGACGAAAUUGGAACAUGCCCAUAUUCGUCGGCUCGAGCAGAGCCUGCGCCUCGAAAAGUCGAGAGCGGAGGUGCUCCAGAAAGAAUUAGAGAAGCGGAGGCAAACCACGGUUGAAGAGCAGAGUCGGAUCAUGCAGCUGGAGGAGGAGCUCACGCUCCGGAGAGCCGAGAUCGAGGAUCUGCGGGCGAAACUCAGAGGGACUGACGCAACCCUGCAGCAAGGCAACGAGACAGACGCCGCCCCGGGAACAGAGACGCAGCCAGAGACUCUCCUGCUGCGCGAGCAGUUGCUGUCGGCGGGCCGCGAGCGCUACAAGGAGAGCAGCGAGCUCAAAGAGAAGUACGAGAGUGCGUUAGCAGCAAGCCAGCAGGAGGUCGACUCGCUGAAGGUGGUCGUGGAUAAACAGAAUCUGGAGAUCACUGAGAUGAAACAGAAAGUCCAACAGGCCACCAAGGAAAACAUGGAAAUGAUGGACACCUGGAAGGUUAAAUUUGACUCUUUAGUGAGUGACCACCAGAAAUCUCUGGAGGGUCUGAAGGCGUCGUUGUGCGGCGAUCGUGCUACUCCCGAAGGCCAAGAGCAGGACGCCCAGGAGCUGAGAGCCACUCUGGAGAGUCUGAAGAUGGAGCACCAGCUGGAGGUGGAGAACCUCAAAGCCAAACACAAGAUUGAAGCCGCCAUUCUGACCAAGGAGCGCGAGGACCUCUGCACUCGCCUCCAGGAGGCCAAAGACCAGCUGGCCGAGGGCAGCCAGACGUGGAGGGCCGAGGUGGAGGCCAAAAGCAGCAAGCAUGCCCUGGAGGAGGCCACGGGCAAGCUGCAGAAGGCCGAGCAGAGGCUGGCGGAGAUGGAGAGGCAUCACACGGAGCAGGACAAAAGCGCCGAGGAGCUGAGAGGGAGACUGGAGCUGUCGGAGAAGAAGAUGACCGACUACCAGGCCCUGCAGAAAGCUCAGGCGGAGAGCCAAGAGGAGAUCCAGAAGCUGGAGGAGAAGCUGAGGGUGACGGCGAACCAGCUGCAGGCCAUCCAGGCAGACCGCUACAUGUCCCGCGACGCGAAUGUGAUAGAAGACAAUGAAAUUUCAGACGAGAAGAUGAAGCUAAAACAGAAUAUUGAAGAAACGAUGGAGAAGCUGUUGAAAAGGGAAAAGGAGGUCUCGACUCUCACUUCCCAGGUUGAAGCCCUCAAAUCGCAGUUGGGAGCUCUGGAGGGCAAAGUCCGCUCAGGGGAAAAGAGGGCUGAGGCCCUGGCUAAGGAGAAGAUGCGCGUGGAGGCGGAGCUGGAGACCAUGACCAAGAAGUCCCAUGAUGCCUCUGGGCAGCUGGUCAGCAUCAGCCAGGACCUGCUGAAGAAAGAGAGGAGCCUUAAUGAAUUGAGGGUGUUACUCCUGGAAUCUCAUCGCCAUUCUCGGGACAUGGAGAAGGACCUGAACCGGGAGGUGCACAAAGCUGAGUGGAAGGUCAAGGAGCAGAAACUUCAGGACGACAUCAAGACCCUGCGAGAGAAGCUGCUCCUGCUGGGCCGGGAGCGCUCGUCACCCGACCACCGGCGGUACUCCAUGCUCGACCCCUCGACCCUGGAUACCGAGGUGGCCCGUCUGCGCCAGCGGCUGCUCAGCACCGAGGAAGCCCUGAGGAACGCCCUGGAACACAACCAGCAGGUCGACCAGCUGGUCCAGGCCAUGCGCAGACAUCCGGAAAAAAGCCCGGUUCACGGUGCAAAUUCAGCGAACGGAAUUCAUCACCAGGAGUCGGGCAGCACUCGAGAUGUUGAAAUCUUAUCUUACUCCCUUCUAGGAACAACACUGAUAUGAGCAGGAGAGAUAAGACUGGGACGCUGACGUGACCCAGACUGAACCGGGACACUUUAAACAAGUCGAAACUCGUCUCGCCGAUCCACCCGAUGGACGCCUGAAGAACAUUUCCGUUUACAGUUAAAACCAAAACAGCGAAUCUCUAUCUCAAGUGAAUUUAUGUGUUGUUGCAGAAAGCACCUAUUAGCCAAUCAGAAGACCGCUUAAAGUACUAUAACGUAUAGACAGGAAAUGAGACACGGACAUGAAAAGAUAUUAUUGUUACCACCACUACUGAGAACUUAAAGUAUGGCAACCUUUUAGGCUUAACAGUAGGUAGGAAGCUUGAGUCCACAAGCUGCCAGGAACUCAAACUUGGCAAUUCAGAUUUUUGAUCCGAAAAAGCAAAAUGGCUGAUGGACGACAACAUGAAGAACUGAAGAACUCUCAGUCCCUUUGUUUGUUUUAUUUAUUACUUUUAUGUUGCUCCUUGGCUUUGUAAUAAUCCUCUGUACAGUAGGUGAGCUGUCUUGGCCUGUGACACUCAGAGCAUCAUGUGAAAGAUGACUUCUUUAAUGCAGUUGGACUCAUUUGUCUCCCUAUUAAACAUCUGAUGAGGAUUGGUAGCAAAAUCAUUACAAUAAACGUUGCUCUUUUCUCGCACACCUGCUUUAGUGCACAGUGAUAAUUUGAAACAUCAAGUCAGAGCUUAUCUUUCGAUCAGAAACCAGAAGAAUCGGAGAACUGUUAAAAAAAAAUAAAAAAAUCGCUGUUAAAGGACCACUGUGUAUAUUGGAGACAUCUAGUGGUGAGGUUGUAGAUUGCAACCAACUGAAUACACUCAUUGUCCAUGUGUGUAAUAUUUUUCCUUCUCUUUCGCUAGUCUCUUUUUGGUGUUUAAGUUUUGGACUAGUCACUAGUCCUAAACUUGAACACCAAAAACCCUGCCCCGUAGCGCUAAUACUCCCUGCGCACACCCCGACAAUGAGAGCGCCACUGCCACCUACUGCAGUGGAUGUGCAAUUACACUUUAUUCUAGUACGGCAACAGAAAGUAUGUUCCCCAGGGUCACAUGCGCCCCCCCCCCCGGCAUCGCACUGUGCGCCACACUAUGUGAGAAGGGCCGGGCUAGUGUAAAAAACAAAAAAACAUGGUGGUGGAAGAUGACGUAAACAUAGCGAUUCUUAGAUAAAUCCUACUUACUGCACAUUUAAUUUGAAGGGAUUUUCACGAUAGGGAUCCGAUUGAAAGUAUUUUGGACAAAAUGAAGCUAAAAUCAGCACCUUUAGCACAGAUACUGGGAACAUCUUAUCACUGAAAUGUAUUUAGUUUUGGGGAACGUUCAAGCAACUUUUUCAUGGUUUUUAAACUUUGAACAAAAGUCUGCAUUGAGUUAAAAAAAAAAAAGUGUGGAAAAAAUUGUGCUGUCUUGUGAACGUUGGCUGCGAAUCAGUCUUUAAGUGUCUGAACUACAGAAACCAAUGGUAAAUGCUAUCAAGUGAUAGGUGUUUACAUGCUGCAAAACACUAUAGACCUGCGCAAAGUGGUUUUGUUGGCAGAGGAGCUUCAGUUUCACUUGUUUUGUUAUAAUAUUGUGAAAAUAUUGGCAUAAAGUGCCGAAAUAGUGGUUAAACUGUGUUAUUUCUGUCUCUUACAUAACACGAGUCAACCAUCCAGCUUCACAGCUCCUGCAUACUCAAUCAUCCAUGUGAACACAAGCAGAGAAUGAUGUGUUACAGCUCAGAUGGUGAUGAUUUCACUACCAAUCCUCUCUUUAGGUGUUUGCUAAGGCGGCUGUUGAGCCCAUCUUCUAAAGAAGUGAUCCCUUUUGGCACAUCAGUGGACUCCCUGCUCGGACUGAAGACUGAUACUAAUGAACCUGGGAGGCCUGCUGAACUCGGCUCUGGGUGAUGUUACAGGAUAAAAGACUAUAGUGAAUUAUUGCAGCCUUUUUCCAUUCUCGAAAACUGUCUGGCCCUGUACCGGUACAUGUCUUACGUGCAUUUAUUUUAUUUAGUGUGUAUCAGUGCAGACACCGUCCAUACAUUAGUAUUACCGUAAUUACCUAUAUAUGGUAUGAGAUAGCAUUUUAAUGUCUCAGAAAUGUCCCUGGGUUGCUUUACUUGAUGCUUUCUUAAAUUUACUGAAGGGCUGCCACAGGAGCUAAAACCCAAACAAUGGAUGUCACAGUGUAUGUCUUUGCCCAGACCGACGACAUCCGUAAUUUCAGUUGAAGAAUUUAUUCUCUUUAAGUCUUCCAAAUAUUGUUUUAUCCAGUUGUCGGCUAUUCUAUGAGUUCCUGUCUGUAGUUGGUCAUACAAUGCCUAUAAAAGUAUCCACUCCCCUUGGAUGUUUUCCCCAUUUGUUGCUUUUAUAAAUGAGAUAUUGGUCAUAUAAUUUAACUUUUUGGACAAAACUUUUUACAAACUAAUGUUAAUGUACUUAAAACAAAUAGUUUAAAAUAUUCCCCGCUUUACAAUGACUGACUGAAUUUAACAGAGGUCCAACUAGUGGACAGCAGCGAUGGCAAAAAUAAUUAAAUGAGAGCAGUUGAUGUGUGUCAAGUGAAUAUAGUAUAAAAAACAUCUGUAUCUGUCUCUGGUUCAUCAGUAGUCCUGCUACAAUUAAAAUGUGAAGACAACAAGAACACUCGAAGCAACUCAGAGAAAAGAUCUGUGAAAAGUAUAAGUCAGAAGAGGGCUACAAAAAGAUUUACAGCACACAAGACAUCCCAUGGAGUUCAGUUAAAUCCAGUAUGGCACAAACUGAGUGACCUGGCAAGAAGAAGAUUGGUGAGGGAGGCCACCGAGAUACCUACGACCACUCUGAGGGACGGGACGGGACAAGCUGUACAAGAGAGUGGCAAAGAAAAAGGCACUGUUGAAAAAAUCUCAUACGAAAUCCCACCUGGAAUUUGCCCAGAGGCAUGUGAAAGACUCCAAGGUCAAUUGAAAGAAGGUUCUUUGGUCUGUUGAUACAAAAAGUUUGCUUUUUUUUUUUCAUCAUUUCUACUGUGAAGCAUGGUGGUGGCAGCAUCACGUUCUGGGAAUGCUUUUCAGGCCCUGGACGGCUUGUAAAUGUAGAGGGAAACGUGAAUUUUGAAAAAUACCGCUAAAUCUUGGAGAAUAAUCUGACUCAAUCUGCAAGAGAACUACAAAUUAGGAGAAGAUUUAUUUUUGAGUAAGACAACGACCCCAAGCAUAGAGUAAAAGCACUGCAAAAAUGGUUCAGAGACAACAAAGUGAAUGAUCAAGUCGAGGCAUAGAUCUCAAAAAAAGACCUGUUCAUACCCGACCCCAAGCAACCUAACAGAGCUUGAACUGUUUUGCAAGGAAGAAUGGAAAAUAAUUGUAGUGUCCAAAUGUGCCAGCCCGAUUGAGACAUAUCCACACAGACUUGGUGCUGUAAGUGUAGCCAAAGAUGCAUCUGCUAAAUACUGACCUUAACAGGGUGAACAUUUAUGCAACUAUUUACUUUAACUUAGAUCGUUUUUAUUAACUGGCAUUAUUUUGUAAAAAAAAAAUCUGUUGCACAGUUGAAUAUUAAAAAAAAAAAGUGCACAUUUUUGUCAAAAGAUUCAAAUUAUAUUGACCAAGAUUUCAUGUAUAAAAGCAACAAAAAGGUAAACCAUCUAAAGGGGGGGUUGAAUGCUUUCUUUAUAGGCAUUGUAGGCUGCGACUGCUUUCACAGAGACAUUGCACAGAGGUGAGUGGCGUGUCAAAAGCUGGGAGAAGUGUCUCCUGAGCAACUCACGCAAGGCCGGGCGUCGGUCCGCUCAGAUAAAAACUAAAUUUUCCAUUGGAUAUUGUACAUGGCCUUUUCAGCUGCAGAGUUCAUACCCUUUGGAUUAUUGCUGCAAUGGUUUUGGAGAUUGAGUCAUUAAAUAUUAACAAUGUG